AUGGCGCACGUUGUGACCCCUUUGGACCAGCCUUCCAACUACAAGGACUCACAAGCACGCGUCGACCGCCAGAAGCAGAAUGAGCUCCUCGCGAGGUCCACAACGCUUUAUAUUGGUAACUUAAGUUUCUUCACGACAGAAGAACAGAUAUAUGAGAUUUUCUCGAAAUGCACCAGCCCCGAGGAGGGCGGCGGCAUCAAGCGUAUCAUCAUGGGGCUCGACCGGAAUACGAGGACGCCGUGUGGGUUUUGCUUUGUUGAGUACUACACGCAUUCGGAGGCACUAGCGUGUCUGCGGUACGUCAGUGGUACAAAACUUGACGAGCGCAUCAUCCGGUGCGACCUCGACCUCGGCUACCGCGAAGGUAGACAGUUCGGACGCGGCAAAAGUGGUGGACAGGUACGUGACGAACACAGACAGGACUAUGACCCCGGGCGCGGCGGUUGGGGCGCUCAGGCACAGCGACUCGAGAUCGAGCGCCGCAGGGAGGUGGAAGAGCGGUAUGCGGACGCGCCUGACGGGCCCGGUGCGAUUGCCGGUGGCGGUGGCGACUGGAAGGAGGCGGGUACGGCGGAUAACCCGCUCAAACGUGCUCGCUCGCCAGACGACGAGGGUGAUAGUGGACGGACGGGUGCCCGCCCACGUUUGGACGACGCCGGACACGAUGCGCGCAUGUGA